GGUGAACACACAGAUUGUUUCUGUUCAGGGAACCACUUUGACAGUCAGGAUCACUAAGAGGUGGAAUGGCGCAGCAAGGAAAUCCUCUGGACCAGGAGAGAAUCUCCUGUUCCCUCUGCCUGGAUCUCCUGAAGGACCCGGUGACGAUUCCCUGUGGACACAGCUACUGCAUGAGCUGUGUUAACACCCACUGGGAUAAAGAGGAUGAGAAGAAGCUCCACAGCUGCCCUCAGUGUAGGCAGACCUUCACCCAGAGGCCGGUCCUGGGGAAGAGCACCGUGUUAGCAGAUCUGGUGGAGGAACUGAAGAAGAGUGGACUCCAACCUGCUCCAUCUGAUCACUGCUAUGCUGGACCUGAAGAUGUGGCCUGUGAUUUCUGCACUGGGAGGAAGCUGAAAGCCUUCAAGUCCUGUUUGGUGUGUUUGGCUUCUUACUGUGAGAAACACCUUCAGCCUCAUUAUGAGUCACGGACAUUUGAGAAACACAAGCUGGUGGACCCCUCCAAGAAGCUCCUGGACAACAUCUGCUCUCUUCAUGAUGAGGUGAUGAAGAUCUUCUGUCGUACUGAUCAGCAGAGCAUCUGUUAUCUCUGCUUUAUGGAUGAACAUAAAGACCACGACACGGUCUCAGCUGCAGCAGAAAGGACUGAGAGGCAGAGAGAGCUGGAGGUGAGUCGACUCAACAUCCAGCAGAGAAUCCAGGACAGAGAGGAAGGUGUGAAGCUGCUUCAACAGGAGGAGGAGAAUAUCAAUCUCUCUGCUGAUAAAGCAGUGAAGGACAGUGAGAAGAUCUUCACCCAGCUGAUCCGUCUCAUGGAGGAAAGAAGCUCUGAUGUGAAGCAGCAGGUCAGAUCCCAGCAGAGAGCUGAAAUGAGUCGAGUCAAAGAUCUUCAGGAGAAGAAGCAGCAGGACAUCUCUGAGCUGAAGAGGCGCGACGUUGAGGUGCAGGAGCUCUCACACACAGAAGAUCUCAACCAGUUCCUCCAGAACUACCCCUCGGGGUCCCCCCUCAGUGAGUCCACCUACUCAUCCAGCAUCAACAUCCGUCCUCUGAGCUGCUUUGAGGACGUGACAGCGACUGUGUCAGAAGUCAGAGACAAAUUAGAGAAGGUCCUUAGAGAGGAAGGGUCAAAGGUCUUACUGACAGGGACUGAACUGGAUGUUUUACUGUCAGAACCAGAACCAAAGACCAGAGCUGAAUUCUUACAGUAUUCAUCCAAAAUCACACUGGAUCCAAACUCAGCCGAUGCUCAUCUAUCAUUAUCUAAAGGAAACAAAAAAGUAACAUUCAAUGGAGCACCAAAUGAAGAAAAACAGCCCGAAAGAUUCACUGAUAUUUUUCAGGUCUUGAGCAGAGAGAGUCUGACUGGACGUUGUUACUGGGAGGUGGAGAAAGGCCACGGUGGAGUUAAUAUUGUAGUAACAUGCAAAGAACAUAAAACAACAAAUGCAAAAAUUGCAGGUCAUCAAAAGUCUUGGACAUUGGGUAUUUUCAAAGAUCGUUAUGAAUUGAGACUUAACAAAGUCCGAACCCCCGUCUCAGGUCCUCGGUCCUCCAGAGUAGGAGUGUACCUGGACUACAGAGCAGGUGUUCUGUCCUUCUACAGCAUCACUGAAACCAUGACCCUCCUCCACAGAGUCAAGACCACUUUCACUAAGCCUCUCUAUGCAGGAAUUCAGCUUUUCCAUCCAGCUGGAAACACUGCUGAGCUGUGUAAGUUGUAGUUGGCGAAAAAUAUCAAAAGGAUAGCA